AGUUCCGGGCGCCGCACGGUCCCCCUUCCUACCCUGUCCCCUUCCCUUCCCCGGUCCCCCCCGGCAGGAGCCCAGCACUGACCACUUCCCCUAUGGCCUCCGCCCCGGAGGACCCCGUUUUGGAGCGUUAUUUUAAAGGCCACAAAGCUGCUAUCACCUCGGUGGACUUUAGCCCCAACUCCAAACAACUUGCUACUGCUUCCUGGGAUACCUUUCUCAUGCUAUGGAAUUUGAAACCACAAGCUAGAGCUUACAGAUAUGUGGGUCACAAGGAUGUUGUAACCAGUGUGCAGUUUUCUCCGCAUGGAAACUUAUUGGCAUCUGCCUCACGAGACAGAACCAUUAGACUCUGGAUUCCUGAUAAGAGAGGGAAAUCCUCAGAAUUUAAAGCACAUACAGGUCCAGUUCGAAGUGUGAACUUCUCAGCUGAUGGCCAGUUUCUAGUCACAGCUUCUGAAGACAAAUCCAUCAAAGUAUGGAAUAUGCACCGCCAACGUUUCUUAUAUUCCUUAUACCGACACACCCACUGGGUACGCUGUGCCAAAUUUUCACCUGAUGGAAGAUUAAUUGUGUCAUGUAGUGAGGAUAAAACUAUUAAAAUUUGGGAUACCACAAAUAAGCAGUGUGUUAAUAACUUCUCAGAUUCUGUAGGAUUUGCAAAUUUUGUGGACUUUAACCCUAAUGGCACGUGCAUAGCUUCAGCGGGAUCUGAUCAUACUGUGAAAAUCUGGGAUAUAAGAGUGAACAAAUUACUCCAGCAUUAUCAAGUUCACAGCUGUGCAGUUAAUUGUCUAUCAUUCCAUCCUUCGGGUAACUAUCUCAUCACUGCCUCUUCUGAUGGUUCCCUUAAGAUUCUGGAUCUCUUAGAAGGAAGACUCAUCUAUACACUUCAAGGACAUACGGGACCCGUCUUUACUGUUUCAUUUUCAAAAGGUGGAGAGCUGUUUGCAUCAGGAGGUGCAGAUACACAGGUCUUAUUGUGGAGGUCUAACUUUGAUGAAUUGCAUUGUAAAGAUCUUAAUAAAAGAAAUCUCAAAAGAUUGCAUUUUGAUUCACAACCACACCUUCUUGACAUCUAUCCAAGAACACCACAUCCGCAUGAAAGAAAAGUUGAGACUGUUGAACAUCCAGGUCCUGACAAGUACAUCGCACUUGUUCACCAGAAUCACUGGCUUAUCCAGCAGGAGCUGCUCACAUCGUUUCUAGACCUUUGUCUUCUAGAACUGUAG